GAGUGUUGAUGUUUAUGUUUCUGUAUGCAGGUUGGAACUAGGUAUUGACUGAUUCCUGGUUUCACCCUUAGACAUGAAACGUGGAUCAAAGAAGGGCUUGCGUUCAAUCAUGCCUCUUCCUUUGCAAGGCAAAUCUGUAUCCCAUUUUUGCAUGUUUCCAAAGGUGAAUUCUGCAGACUAUGAUCCAGCCACCACACAUGUGUAUCUUAAUGUCUAUGACUUGACACCCGCCAAUAGUUAUUUCUAUUGGGCAGGCCUUGGUGUCUUCCACACAGGCGUGGAAGUUCACGGAGUAGAAUACGCUUUUGGAGCACACGACUAUCCAACAAGUGGUGUCUUUGAGAUUGAACCUCGGCGAUGCCCUGGCUUCAAGUUUAGAAAGUCAAUAUUCAUGGGAACAACGUACUUGAACCAUAUCCAGGUUAGAGAAUUCAUGGAGCAUCAGUCUUCAAACUACCAUGGUGAUAGAUAUCACUUGGUUGUGAAGAAUUGCAACCAUUUCUGUGAGGAUAUAUGCUACAGGCUGACGGGAAACAAUAUCCCAAAAUGGGUAAAUCGACUAGCAAGAAUAGGUAUUUGGCCUCUUUUCUAACACAUUUCUUCUUAACUUGUCUAUUGGAUUUGAAUGAAUUUAUAGUUUUUUCUUCGUUAUCCUUGUGGUGUGGGCUCACUUCACACAUGCACAUGCACAUGCACCUACAAAUUUUUCUGACUAAAUGUGUCUGGCAGUGGCACGGAGGCUUGUUCUGAAUGUCAAAUUUGGGGAUGUCCAUAAAUCUAUUUUGCUAUUGCAUUUUUAGUAGUUUUUUUGCUUUCUUAAGAAUCUAAAAAAGCUUAUGCAUUUGAUAAUUGCUAAAAAAAUCAUUUUUUUGAGUCUUUUCAAACUUGCUUUUUGGUUAGAAAUUUCCAUAUUAGUAUUGUGGAACACUUGUAGGGACACGGUGGAAUUUCUAAAAGUAUUGAGGGAAAAAUCUUAUUUUUCACAAAUUUGCUAAAAAAAUCUGCUUUUUUAUGGAGAAGUCAUCCCAAACGGGACUUUUUUGCUUUCGGCUUUGUUUUAGCACAAAAGCUGCUUAUUUAAGUUAUUCGCAAACAGAGUUGAGGGAUCCUGUAAGAAGCUACAAACACCUGUGUGCUUGUUCAGAAAGUUCAUUUGGUUCUGGUGGUUGUUAUUUAUUUUUUUGAACUGAGUUCUGGUGGUUGUUAGAGAUCAAU